ACAUAAACCUGACUAUGGUGGAAACCAAAUACCCCAAGUGUUUUCUCUCUCUUUUUUUACUGUCCCUUUCCCAUCCCUUCUCUACAACUGAUCGCUCUCUCUCUCUCUGUAACACUGCUUAGGACCUUCAAUGCUUGCCGCUGAGAAAUGAAUGUUGGGCAGAUAUCAAUCGAGUUUCAUUAACUUGAUCGGAAAGGGAGAGCGCAACUGGGCUGAGCUGAUAUUUUUGUUCUGCUGGCCUGUGAAUGGGAAUCUUUGAAGAUAUGGGUUUUUUCGGUGAUCUUGAAUUUCUUCCAGCUCCUCCUGGUGAAGGAGAUGCAGUUCCUGAGCGUGAACCAGAGGUGGCAGUGGAGGAUUACAGUGAUGAUGAGAUGGAUGUUGAUGAGCUUGAGAGGAGGAUGUGGAGAGACCGGAUGCUAUUGAGACGGCUCAAAGAACAGAAUAAGGGAAAGGACGUGGCUGACAAUGAAAAGCAGCGUCAAUCACAGGAGCAAGCUCGAAGGAAGAAGAUGUCUCGUGCCCAAGAUGGCAUCCUGAAGUAUAUGCUCAAAAUGAUGGAAGUUUGUAAAGCUCAAGGUUUUGUGUAUGGGAUUAUUCCCGAGAAGGGCAAGCCAGUGAGUGGAGCCUCUGACAAUCUGCGAGCAUGGUGGAAGGAAAAGGUCAGGUUUGAUCGUAAUGGUCCUGCUGCAAUUACCAAGUAUCAGGCUGAUCAUUCAGUCCCUGGGAAGAGUGAAGAGUGCAGUGCAGUGGCAUCCACACCCCACACCUUGCAGGAGCUCCAAGACACGACUCUUGGAUCACUUUUGUCAGCUCUGAUGCAGCACUGUGAUCCGCCACAGAGGCGUUUCCCAUUGGAGAAGGGUGCUUCACCACCAUGGUGGCCUACCGGGAAUGAGGAGUGGUGGCCUCAACUUGGGUUGUCUAAAGAUCAGGGGCCUCCCCCAUACAAGAAGCCUCAUGAUCUGAAGAAGGCUUGGAAGGUGAGUGUUCUGACAUCUGUGAUUAAGCACAUGUCCCCGGACAUUGCCAAGAUCCGAAAGCUUGUUCGUCAGUCAAAAUGCUUGCAGGACAAGAUGACUGCCAAGGAGAGUGCCACUUGGCUGACCAUUAUAAACCAGGAAGAAGUGCUGGCCCGGAAGUUGUAUCCUGAUAGAUGCCCACCCGUGUCAGCUGGUGGGAGUGGGUAUUGUGUAGUCAGUGAUACUAGCCAUUAUGAUGUUGAAGGGGUGGAUGAUGAACUGAAUGUUGAUAUGGACUGCAAGCCCUGCGAUGUCAAUCUCUUCAAUAUCGGGGCUGCUGGGCCUAGAGAUAGGCUUGUGAUGCCGCCAGGGGAUCCACAAAUAAAGGGAGAGAUCAUUGAAAUUGACUCAGAUUUCACUCAAAAGAGGAAACUCCUGUCUGAUCAACCACAUAAGAUGAUUGAUCAAAAGAUAUAUACCUGUGAGUACUCCCAAUGCCCAUACAACAAUUACCGCCACGGAUUUCUCGACAUGACUGCGAGGAACAACCACCAGCUGAAUUGUCCAUACCGGAGUAAUUUUUCCCCAAUGUUUGGAACGUCGAACUCUCAAAUCAACAAGGACAAGCCAACAGUCUUCCCUCUACCCUUUGGCCAACCUAAGCCAGCUGCUCCACCUGCGAACCAGGCAAACCAGACUCCUUUUAGUGUUUCCGGACUCGGGCUUCCAGAAGAUGGACAGAAAAUGAUCUCUGAUCUCAUGUCAUUCUAUGAUACUAAUCUUCAGCGUGAUAAAAGCAUGAAUCCUGGGAAUCUCAAUGCUACAGAAGAUCACAACCAGCAGCAGAAGUUUCAACCUCAGAUGAACGAGAACUGUUACAGCCAGGGGGUUAAUGGGGGAAACAUGUCUGAUGAAACCAACAUGACCAUGCAUCAUGCGGUGUUUCCAACAACAGGAAUUCAGUUUGAUCAGUACAAGCCAUUUGACCCUGCAUUUGAUGACAUCCCCCCUGACAAUAUUGACGACUUCAGAUUUAGCUCUCCAGUUAACCUAGCAUCUGCCGAUUAUACAUGGGAUUCGAUGCCAAAGCAAGAUAUCUCCUCGUGGUACCUUUGAAGAAAAAGGCAGAACAUGCAUCUUAGGUGUUUUAUAUGGUUGACCCUAAUAGAUAGGGAAGGCUGCAUGAAGGAAAGAGCUUAUCUCUCCAAAGUUCCACAGGAUGGGUGGAUGCAGCUUCUUCCUUUCAGAAUCUAAUUUUGUUAUAUAUAAAGCUUGUUUUAUAAGAUGUUUAAAACCCCCGCCCCUAUGAGCUUGGGUUGGUCUUGCAAGUCUAGAGGGCAAGGAAGCUUUCAGUGCAGUACUCAAGGGCCAACAAAUAACUGGGAAGGACCAAUCCGCACUUUGCUGCUAUGAAAUGUUUAGAAGUAUAUAAGAGUCUUUUGCAGAAGUUGGUAUUGCCAUGUAACAAAAUAUUUAAAUUACCUGUUUCUCUAUGUGUGUGUGUGUAUCCAUGCAUGCAUGUAUGUGGUUAGUUGUUACAUUCAUUAAGCUGCAGUUUGCUUGUUAUGGGCACUACUUAA